UGCACCCGCCAGGUUUGACGCUACCGGCGCUACUGGCGCCGCCGCUAGUGGUGCUACCGCCACUCGCGUUGCUUCCGGCGAUUUCGAUAGCGUAGCGCAGCUCAGACGGCGACGAGGAGUAUGCUGGACGUCGUCAGGAGACGAUUCAUCCCCUUCCCCCUCGGGAGUGGUGAUCCACGGCUCAGGUUGCGCCACGUGUAUGCGCGGGCAGCGCUGCUCCUUCCGCGUGUCCGUGCGCGCCCCUGCGCGCUGGGCGCGGGUGCUGAAGGCGGGCAAGGAGAGCUGGUGGAAGCGUGACUUAGCUCUGACUUUAAGAGGCAAAGCGUUAGCCCACGGGGACAUUAGGUGUCUAGACCCUCCGCAUUGCACGGAGUUUAGAGUGUCGUACCGCGUGUGGGACCUUGGCGAUUACCG